AUGAACACCUACAUGUUCAUUCCAGAGUUCCAGACAUUCAGCUCUUUCCUGGCAGGUAAAAAAGGAGGCCACAAAGGCCGAGUGCGGCAGUACACAAGCCCGGAGGAGAUUGAUGCCCAGCUCCAAGCAGAGAAACAGAAGGCCAAGGAAGAGGAGGAGGAAGCGGAAGCAGGUGAUGGGGCCGCGAGUGACCCAAAAAAGAAGGAGAAAUCCCUAGACUCAGAUGACAGCGAGGAGGAGGAAGAGGACGAAGACUACCAGCCAAAGCACAAAGGCGUAGAAGGCAUUAUAGAUAUAGAGAACCCGAAUCGCGUUGCCCAGGCGGCCAAAAAAGUAACUCAGAUUGAUCUGGAGAGCCCACGGGAACUAUCACGGAGAGAACGAGAAGAAAUUGAGAAACAGAAGGCGAAAGAGAGGUACAUGAAGAUGCACCUUGCGGGUAAAACGGAACAGGCCAAGGCAGACCUCGCCCGACUAGCCAUCAUCCGCAAACAGAGGGAAGAGGCGGCCAAAAAGAAAGAGGAAGAAAGAAAAGGUAAGGAUGCCCACAAAUACGUGGAAUAGGUGUCGGGUUCGUCC